UAAUAAAGUUUAAAAUUUUUAAAUUCUAUUCUCAGAAUUUAAAGGUAAAAUUUAAAUAUCCUGACAAUUUUUUCAUAUCUGCUUGCCAGAAUGGUAGCUGAGUGGAGGUUGUCUCGAGGUGUUGAAGAGCAGACACAAGCUUUCUUCGAAGGUUUUAAUGAAAUUCUUCCCCAGCAGUAUUUGCAAUAUUUUGAUGCAAAGGAAUUAGAGGUCCUUUUAUGUGGCAUGCAAGAGAUUGAUUUGAAUGACUGGCAAAGACAUGCCAUCUACCGUCAUUACACUAGGACAAGCAAAAAAAUCAUGUGGUUUUGGCAGUUUGUUAAAGAAAUUGAUAAUGAGAAGAGAAUGAGACUUGUGCAGUUUGUUACUGGAGCCUGCCGAUUGCCAGUAGGAGGAUUUGCUGACCUCAUGG